AUGCCCGCCCCCGAACAAGUCGCCGAGAACUACUCGUUCGACGGAGUGAUCCGCAAGUUCAAGGCGACGUCGACCUCGCUCGGCGGACUCGAGACCCAGUUCAACGUCUUCGUGCCGAAGGAAGCGCUUGAUGGCCAGAAGGUCCCCGUCCUUUACUACCUCGCCGGCUUGACCUGCACCGAGGACACGGCGCCGUGGAAGGGAGGCUUCCUUCGCGACGCUGCCGCUGAAGGCAUCGCACUCGUCUUUCCCGACACGUCGCCCCGCGGCGCCGGCAUCGAGGGAGAGGAGAAAGACUGGGACUUUGGUACCGCUGCCGGCUUCUACUUGAACGCGACGAAGGAGCCGUGGAGCAAGCACUACAACAUGUACGACUUCGUCAUCUCGGAGCUUCCUUCGCUUCUCUCCUCCCUCUCCCUCCCGCUCGACCUCUCCCGCUCCUCCAUCUUCGGGCACUCAAUGGGCGGCCACGGCGCGCUGACCCUCUACCUCAAGUCCCUGCUCUCUUCCUCCCCCUCGACGACCUACCUCUCCGCCUCGGCCUUCGCUCCGAUCGCCAACCCGACGAAGUGCCAGUGGGGCGAGAAGGCGUUCGAGGGGUACUUGAGCGGCGGGGUCGAGGAGGGGAAGGAGUAUGACGCAACGGAGCUGAUCGGACAGGUCAAGGGCAAGGAGCUCAAGAUCCUCGUUGAUGUUGGAACGGGCGACAACUUCUACAAGCAGAAGCAGCUCCUCCCCGAGAACUUCAUCGCCGCCCGCGACGCAGCCGGCUUCUCGUCCAAGGACGUCGAGGUCAACCUGCACGAGCACUACGACCACAGCUACUACUUCAUCUCGACCUUUGCGCCGGCUCACAUCCGCUUCCAUGCUCAGAUCCUCAAGAAUGCGGCUGGGAAGCUUUGA